AGUAGCCUUUGUUUCGUUUUUUGCAAUUGGAAAAGGAAUACUGUUUUUAAUAUGGACAAAAACACCGCGGGAUUAAAAUAAAUUGUAAAUGGUCAAAUCUUAAUAAGGGUUAUAUGUAAUACAGAAACAAGUAAUUAAAAAAUCCAUCGUAAUAAUCUUCCUUGCUAACAAAAUACUAAUAUUAUCUACAAGAAUAAUAUCUCAACCACAGGCUAUCAUGCAGAAGGAUCAUUGGCCCAGAAAAAAAGAAAGGCUAAAAUCUUGAACUCACGACUGGUGCGCCUUCAAGUCUUUCCUAUGCUACAACAGCAACAGCAAAAGCAAAGCUUUGAUUACUGAAGACUAGCUAAGAGGAGGAGAACCAUGGGAGGAGGAGCCAUGCCCAUCGACCUUCCAAAGAUUCAAUUCAAUUCUUCUUCCGCUGCUGUUCCUUCUGUUUCUUACUCGUCUUCAAAUAAUCUUAACCUUCCGGUUCCAUCCAAUUAUGCUGCUCCACUUAGACCUUCUUCAGCAGCUUGUUCUUCUUCUUCCUCCAGCCAAAGUGAAAUUUGUAAGAAGCUAGAGGCUAUAGAUGGAAAAGAAAACAAAAUAGUAACUGGGUCCUUCAAUAAUUUUAUUUUGGGGCCUGUUCCAUCCGAGCCAGAAGUUGAAAAUGCCUUAGCUGCUCUCCAGAAUUUCAUACAUGGGAUUUCUUCAUCUAGACCAGAACUGAAAUGGCUGCAGCCUCUUUUGGACAGUUACGACUCGAGACAAUUGCUAUCUCAAGGGCUUGGUAGAGUUUAUGAUGGCUUCAUCUUGCUCCUGACAGAGCCAUCCGUUAAGAUGUUGGUCGUUUCGCUAUCAUCUGAUAAAGCUGUUUGGGAUGCUAUUAUGAAUAACGAGUUAGUUCGGAAGCUCUGCAACUUGCCCCACCCUGCAGUUGAAAAUGGAAGGUCUUGGGAUUCUACCACUGACGCAGACCUCGGCAAUGACAUUUUGCAGUGGAUUUUGGACAUGACAAAAGCGAAAGUUACAGAACUUAUGUUGAAAUUCCAAUCGCUUCUGAAUGAGGUUUUCAAAAAUCGUAGGACGGAAAAACCUAAUGAAGAAACCAGAGACCAGUUGGAGGAAAAAAUCAGAUCAUCCUUGCUUCUCUCGAUUGUUAUACUUUUGAUCGUGAUUGUAGCUCGGGUUCAAAGAGUUUGAUUCAAGACAAAACUUAAAUCCU